AAUGCCGCAGUGAACGUGAUGAAGGAUUUGAUAAUCAAGAAAUAUGUCAAUCAGGCAAUUAGCAACGAUUGGAUCAUUACUUUCGCUUUGUUUCCGCGACCGGAUCACGAUACCAUCAAGGCUCUUUCGCCGCUGCUGAACUUCCGGCAUCAAAUUCCUCAUGUCCAAUUUAUCCUCAGCUACUCCACCAUUAUUCAUACAUAUUGCAGAAAUAAUGCCGACUGCAUCGAUCUGAUAGAGAUCAACAUGCUUCUGUCGCAUCUCGAACAGAAAAUAUCGCAAGGCUGCGAGCCUCGUUUUCAUACUCCUCUUUCAGUAAAAGAAACACUGGAAGCUUUGAAAGCGAUCGGCAACAUGGGACUCGAAACGAAGAGCUUACGAAAAGAAUUGAAGAAAUGUAUAGAUAAUACUGGCGGAUUUUUACCAAUGGAAGUUCGCGUUGCUGCUGUUGAUGCUCACCGCAGGCUGCCGUCUUGCGAAGAAACCCGGGACCAAUUUUUCCUUAAUUAUUACCGUAAUACAACAUUAGACACGGAAGUCCGUAUCGCCUCUUACUUACAGGUGAUGCGUUGCCCCGAUUACAAUGUUAUCAAGACUAUCAAGCAUACUCUCAAAAUGGAAGAAGUUAAUCAAGUCGGUUCUUUUGUAUGGAGUCACUUGACGAAUCUCUACAACUCCGCUUCGCCUACUAGAGUAGAGAUCCAAAGUCUGCUGACGGAUCAGGACAUAGGCAACAAAUUUAAUAGUGACAUAAGAAAAUUCUCGCGUAAUUACGAGAAUUCCUUCUUCUCCGAAGAGUACAACGUCGGCGUGAAUUAUCAAACGAAUUUGAUUUUCUCGCCGAAAUCAUACAUACCGCGAUCGCUUACCUUCAAUAUGACUACCGAUAUCUUCGGGCAAUCUGUAAAUUUAUUUGAGAUCACAGCGCGAAUGGAGGGUCUAGAAUAUUACGCGGAGAAUCUUUUCGGUCCGGAUGGCAUCUAUAGUAACAAAUUUGGACAAUUCUCGAAUCACCUCCAGAACUUCCUCAGGCAAUUCAGAUCAGCAUCAGAAGACGAAAAUUAUUGGGACGGCGUGAAACGGCUGCCUAAUGUUAUCGACAAUAAUUUUAAUCACCCGAAAAUUAGUCUUGGCUAUAAGAUAUUUGGAAACGAGUUAAUGUUCACGAUGCUGGACGGUGAUAAGCAAGUAAAGACUGCGCUGAUGAAUUUCAAUCCCUGGCAGAGGAUGAAAGAGUUUCUAGCUUUACAGGAGAUCCUUUAUGAAAAGACUGGGAUGUUCUUGGACUCUUCUUACGUCUUGCCGAUGGGUUCCGGUUUGCCGAUCCGUUUAGAUUCCACCGGUUCCGCGGCUUGUUAUUUUAAGAUUUUAAAGAUGCUCAACGAUGGUCGACUUUCUGAUAGAGAGUUUCAACUCACUGCCGAUAUUGCUUCUAGUAUAAGUAUUGAUAUGAUGAACACAAUGACAGUGGAUGCUUUUUACAAAUCCGCCGGACUCAAGUUGCAAACGAACUUUUACUCUUCCGGAAGUAUGCAGCUUCAUCUGAACAUAAACGAUACUCGUUUAGUGCGCGUGAGUCUAGGUUUGCCGAAUCGCAAGAUUGAGAUAUUUUCGUUAGUCUCGGACGUUGCUCUGAUUAAAACCAAUGGUGCCGUGAUCGAGGAGAAAUCGCUGGGUGUCCUGGUAGCCGGUCAAAAUCAAGAGGUCUCGCAUCUUGCAGUUAUGCCCAAGAAUAUCAUCAGUAACACCACCUGCAGUUGGACCGCCUUGGAUAGACUGAUAGGCUUAAAAAUGUGCACAGACUAUCAAUUUACAAAUGUGACCAAGGAUCUCAAUGCACCUUACUUCAUUCUAAAUGGUCUCACACUCUUCAAAGUUUCUUUGAUUAAAGCCGAUCCAACCGCUAAGAAUUAUGUGUUGGAAUAUAGCUGGAAUAAGACUCAGGAAUUUAACAAGUUCAAGCUGAUGUUCGACACACCUGACUCGCAAGUGAACAGAGAGAUAAGCGCUAUUGUCACUUUUGACAUUAUAAAUCAUGAUAUUAUUGCUCUAUUUCAUUCGGCUGGUAAUUCUCUGAUCGCUAAAGGUACAUAUAAACGUUCUGAAGAUGAGACUUCUAUAGACAUCGGUUUUGAUAUCAAUGGUACAAAGCACUUAGAUGCCAGUCUGGGUUACACAAGAAAAAAAUUUAAUCACGGCUAUACUUAUCAUCCUAUAGCUCAUUUAGAUAUUAAUAGUGAACGCAUCGCAGCUCUUUCAGGUGUCGUUAGAAAUGCGCAGAAGAACAACGUCUCUCAGUUUGAUAUAGAUCUAACUUUUCAAACGAAAAGAGUCUGGAGCAAGCUGGUUGGCUACAUCGUCAGGCGGAAUAUCAGCCUGGCUGGUGACUUUCAAAUGGAAUAUCAAUUGCAACAUAUGCGGAGAAAGGAGACACUCCACGUAGAAGUUUCGUUGUCCAAUCGAUCAUCGAAGACACUUACGCACAAAGCUGCCGAAGUGAAAUUGCAUUCCACUGCCUAUCCGCAAUUGAACGCUGUAAUAAGCGCCUGGUACCAGCGAGCUCUCGGCCACUUGGAGCUUCACGCUGAAAUGAACUCCAACCCGCAUCUCAAGGAUGACAGGCACAAACUUACGGCGCAACUCAUCAUUUCCUACUCGAAGAUGUACUUCCAGAAUCAAGGCACAAAGGUGAGCGCCUUGGUAGCUGUCACCAAACCCAUUCAGAACUUGGACAUCAAAGUGGGAGUCAAUCAUUAUGUUCUUGGCGCCGAAACGAAAACUAGUCUGCUUAUAGGAUAUGCACCAGGUAAAGAGAUUAGUCUAGUCGUCAACAUCAUAAUACCACGCGGUUUGCUAUUUUCUAUGGAAGGUCAUACGAAUCUGACAAUCCCGAACUUUAACUCGAUGCUGAUUAACGCGCGUAUUAACGAGCGUUCGCGAAACGAGUACGAGCUUGAGUUCUCCGGCACGUGGUUCAGCGGUCACAAUAUGACCGCUCGCGGUGCUUAUUCCGAUCGGUCGUUGGCCGUCAUCGUUAAUCAUCAUCUGAAAAUGAUCUUCAAGUCGCCGAGCUUUGUCAGUCCGAUUCUACUCAAUUGCCAAUUGUAUCAAAAUCAUAGCGAUAUCAGAAUCAAUCUGUACGGCGAGCAGCAAGACUUCGAUAAGUACGCUCUUGUGCUGAAUCACACGGCGCUUUCGGCGACCAAUCUGAUGUCCUAUGUGGAAGCAAGGUAUCGUGGCAACGUGUACUCGGUGAUGACGAACGUCGAUGUCACGCGAGAGAUUCGGGUGGAACUACAUCUGGACAAAUGGCGGGACGUGCAUCUGACUUUGAGCGGCAUCAACGAGGAAAAUCUACAGGAAUUUGCGGCAGAAGUCAAGUGGGAUGCUAACAGAGAUCCUGCCUUGAAGCUGGGCACGAUGUUGCAAUUAAGCAGAAUGUACUUGAUGGACAAAACUUCCCCUGGAAUCAAGCGAAACGCGAUGAUAAUGCUGACCUAUCCCGGUCGACUAGUAACUGGCUCUUGCGAUCUGAUUAUACGUAGUCCGCAUAGUUAUCUGUUGGAUAUUAAUUUGAACUGGGAUCUAGAAAACGCUAUCAAGGCAUCGAUUGGUGCGGACUACGCCGUGCAACCGGAAAUAAUGUCUAUCAAAUUGGAAUCGCAAUUACUGACGCCUUUUGAAAACUGGAAGAAAACCGCUUUGAACGCGAAAUAUUUACAACUACCAGACAAAAUCUCAAUCAGUAGCAACGCUCACUGGAAGGACUCUCAGUACAUAAUAGCAGAAUUGUAUGCUAGUGCGAGCAAACAAGAGGAUUUGAAGGAAUGGACGGCGAAUUGCGGCCUGAUCAGCACCAUCCAUUCCAAUUCAUGGAUGACCGUAAAUAUGACCCACAAGAUGUUACGCUCGCAGACGGCAGAUACGCGUAUGUUGAUUAAGUACAAUCCCGACAAGACGAUCGACGCGCGUAGUGUCUGGCAUCUAGACAAACAAUCGGACGACGUGUUCAAUCUGACUGGCAAUCUGCAUUUGUAUUCGCCUCUAACAAGUUAUCGAAAGAGCGAGCUUAAGUGCCAGUUGCGUCUUAUGACCAACUGGAAAUUCUUUGGCGCUGCUAAUCUCGAUUUGGAUAAACGCAAAUAUACUGGUCAAUUAAUCGGUAAUCUCGUACGAUGGAAGGAGUCCAAGGUGGAGUUUAACAUCACCACGCCACUGGAAAAGUUUGCCUUUGUACGCGGUAGAUUCGGCCUGUCGGAGAGUAACCAUCAUGUGGUAGCAGAAAUCAUCACACCAAGCGGUCCUCUAGGCGUUGAAGGACUGUGCCAAAUAUUUACUGCCGCUUAUGACUUCAACGUCAAGUUCAUGAUAGCGACGCCCAUCGACGUGCUGCAAAAAGCGUUGUUGGUGGCCAAACUGAAUAGACGUGAAGCCGACUUCAGGAUCGGCUAUAAUAAUAUCACGGCGGGGUUCCUUGGUACUUGGCAUUAUCACAAAAUCACUGAGUUUGAUUAUAGUUACAUAGUAUUCACACCUCUUGAGGGUUUGCAAGAGUGCGGCGUGAUUACAAAACUGAUUGUAACGUUCUCCAAGAAUAAGCUGGAACGAGUAGAUACCGAGUUUUCGGUGAGACUGGCGAAUAAUAAGCUUGGCGUUAAGGUCAAGUUUGGACCGAAACCGCUGCCUAUUAAGAUUCCGUUAAAACCAGGCCUAACAUCCAUGGAGGAUUCUGAGUUUGUAGAAGAGGAAGAAUCGGAGGAAGAGGACGAUGGUCUCUAUUGGCGAGGGGAAUUACGGCUCUGGCUUGCUAUAAUCUCAGAUAUAUUGGCAGAGUUGGAUAUCGAUACGGAAGAUUAUACUUAUAAAAUACUAGGCAUAAUGCAAUUGUUAUCCAAAAAGAUCAUUAUAGAGGACAGUUUUACUAUGGAGGAUGUUUUUAAUAUAAAAAAUGAUCUACAUAUUGAUUUGCCAUUUAACAGUAUUAGAGAAAUAACAUCCUUUUCAGCGUUUCUUGUUGAUAUGGAAAAUCUCUCUUAUAUUACGGAGAUGAAUGUAAACAUCAGAAAAAAUACUACAUGGUUUGAGACUGGAUUUCAUGGCAAUUAUACGUAUCGAAUCAAUAAUAAGCGAAAAACGUAUUUGGUAACAUUCAAUCUAAAAACACCUUUAGAAUCUAUCAAAGUCUUCCACACUAAUGCGAUCAUAGAGAUGCAAGGCAAUCUAUAUAAGGGUACAAUCACGAUUCGUGGAAACCAAUUGAUUUUGAAUCUAUCCGGAAAUGUACAACUAGAAAAAACUUUGACGGAUAUAAUGGUUUCGGGUGCGAUCGAUUCACCCAUAAUAAAAAUACCACAAGCCAUGAUCGCCGCAAAGAAAGAUUUUACCGGAAGUAAAAAGCAAAUUAUGUUCAAGGCGAAGAUGGAAGAGCCUGUAUCAAAAUAUAUGUCCUUUGAAUCGGCCUGGCAAACAGAUGAGCACCUCGUGAAAGCUUCCGCGAAGCUGAGAAGCUGGAUAAAAGAUUUAGAAUCAUUGGAAACUGAUUUCCUUUAUAGCAAUGCGAUUCACGUGAACAAUACGGCUAAGUUAAACAUGCAUGUAACACAUCUUGGCAACCAAGAAUAUCAAUUAACUGGAAAUUUGAGCAAUGGCAUGAUCGACGCUGAUUUGCAUACACCACUGUCAGAGAAACCUCAUUUCCAAUUUCAUGGUGACUUAAGACAGAUUAACGAAUCACUAUACGAUGUCAGGGGAGAACUGAAGAAUGAGCUGCUAGCGAAGUCUUACGAUGUCAGUUCUGUUAUCUUCAUACAUAAAAAUACUAUUGCCUCUCUUGACGUGAAGGCCGAGCCGAAAACUGCAAAUACUGAUCAAAUUAUCCUGAGAUUCAAGAUGAAAGAAUACGGUUUCCUACUGGAUGUCGACAGUGGAUCAUUCAAUGGUACCAUCGACACGAACGUGCUCAAUAAUUUGAAUUGGAAUGUGAAAGGUCACAUGAAUAUCCAAAAGAUUAACGAGAUGGAUAUCUAUUACCUGAACACCUUUAUGAACGUGCAGAUGGAUGGCAACACCACUUUAUAUAUUCACGUCGAGACACCCUGGAACGAUAGCAGGAUCCUGACAGUGAAAGGCAACAUGAUGCUGACCGACAAAAAAGGCGAUGUUCUACUGGAUCAUCGAUUGAACAACGAUCAAUGUCAUGGAGCUACAAAAUGGAAGCUGAUCAUGGAGGAUAUGUUUGUGGGAUUGACUACGGGAUAUGACACUACAGAUCUGGGCAAAAAGGAACUGGAAACUCAUGUAUUCUUCAAGAAUCCCGGCGAGUUAUACAGAAACAUGGACAUGGGUUUCAAUUUGAACAUCGAUCGAAAGGCAUGGCAAUUCGAGACGAACGCGACCAUCGGUUUUCGUAAUCAGGACAACAUUGAUGCGGUGUUUGUCGUAAAGUUACCGCCUCCGAACAACGACGAUCAUCGAUUUCUAAUCAGCUAUCAUAACAAGGAGAAGCAGAAUAUCUCUUAUGUGGUGGGUUACAAUGCUGUCCGAGCAAAGAGCAAUUACGCUUCAGACGGAUCGAUUCAAAUGAUUAGACGCGAUAUUAACGGGCAUUUGCGACUGACUUGGGGAUUGCUGUCUAUACACUCUCUCAACAAUCUCUUCAACAUCACCUUUGACAACAGCGAAAUCAAAUUCAAAUAUUCUUUGUUCACACCGUUAUUCAUGGAAGAAGAAACGGUCGUUCUUCUCUUCAAUUAUGACACCGAGAUCAAUGAACGAAAUUUGAUCAAUAUGCAAGCCGAUCUCUUUUAUCCUUCAAGACGACAGAUCGGAACUGGAAAGAUAACUUACGAAAGUCUGAUUAACGUUAAUGGAACUUUUAACGCUUCGAUAUCGAUACAACAAUUGUCAUUUGUUGGAUGCAAUUUUGUUGUGCUUACCACUUUGAAACAAAAUAAAAGAUUUGUCGAGUUCUUCUGGCCUAACAAUACGGCUUUAUUGAAUUCGGAUUACAAUUAUCACAGCGAACGACUGGAUUCGAAUUUGGGUGGUAUCUUGCAUGUAGAAGUCCCUCUGAGUACUCGUCACGUCGGUCAUCUAAGCUACGGUUACAAAAAACGUCCGCAAGUCACCACUGGUCAUUCCACCUUGAUUUAUAACGAACGAAAAGUGCUGGACGCUCAGUACAAUUCAAAAAGUGAAUCCCGAGCCGGUUUCGAGAAAGAUCGCAUUCAGAUUACGGUAGAGAACAUCUACAAACCCAUAGGCAUUAUUUACGUGAACCAAUUUGAGUACAGCGGUGGAAACGAGGGUACCAACUACCCCACUGUUGAGUUCAAGCAGGUGAACGUCUACCGACUGGACAACAGCUCGGCAUUUAACAUUGCCGGCGAGUCCAGAAUCCGGACCACUCACACUGGCCAGAACAUCCACCUGAAAGCGAUGCAUUUGAACAAGACGAUCCAACUGAAGACAGACUAUCAGGUUCUAUCCGGUGAAUUUGAUCAGAAUACCUGGUUAAGUUUGACUGAGGAUGUUUGGGUGUCUUAUCAUGUAAAUAUCCUGAACAAGACUACGGAUGACAUGGAUAAUCAGUUCCUCAUUCUCAGCCUGUCAUAUCCACGACGGAACUUUACUCUGGGCGGUUCCUACAAGAUCACUAGCGACGAAGUAAAUUCCGAGGCAAAUUUACAAUGGAAACGUGACGACGAGAAGUCAAGAAGCAUCGGUGCGUCCUUUGACUGGACGAACAUCACUGAUACGUCGAUGGAGAGUGAACAGCAGGCUGUGCUGAGUUUCCAUCAUCCAACUUUUGAAAAGAACGUCACGCUGAAAGGUAUUUUAAUGAAGAAAGACCGCAGAGAUCUGCUGAAUGUCGCCUUCGCCGCGGAUUAUUCCAAGAAUGAGGACAAACUGUUGACGUUGUCCGCAUUGUUGAGGGACGAAAGCGACGAAUCGAACAGGAAGUUCUUUUACAAGAUAGCCGGCAAGCAUAUCAGUACCAAAUUAGAUCUCGAUGUCGAAGGAUUCGCUCAUAGACGAGGACUCGUGCUGCUCGAAACGGUGAAUCACGCUCGAUAUACACGCGGUUACAUAACCAGUGAAACUGGGGAACUAAUCGGUCGGAUUGAUCGAACAUUGAGGGAAAUAAUCUAUCGACGAGUGAACAAUGACGCUGUCAAGCAUUUCGCGAUCGGCUAUUAUCCUACGUCUUCUCAAUAUAUAAUAAACGGUAGCGCUAUCAAUACGCCGGAACUUAAUGCCACUGGCGUUUUCUUCUUGGAUCCGGAUGAGAAACUCAUUUGGAUGACGGUGAAUUAUACUCCCGAUGCGAUAGUAAGCUUAAGAAUGUAUGGCAACAUACCGGACGCUCGAAAUGCUAUGUUCAACAUUUGGAGAACUUACGAAGAUGAUUUGACGAUUUCGGACGUUUCUUUCUAUUUGAAAUUAAAUCAUUCGAGACUCAUUACUUCAAUUUUGCGAUGGCGGCCUGAACUUAAAAGCGAUAUUAUUACCACUGUGAAAAUGACUUUCAACGAAAUGUGCGAAAGCAUAGACAACGACAUCGAUUAUUGGAAGCAUUAUAUAAAAAGCGAAGUAGGAAUUGUUAUCUCGGAUGUAUGGGAAAAUGCUCAGGAAGAUGUCGCAGGAUUCCUCGAAGAUUGGAAUGAUUUGAAAAUUCUUGAACGUGAUUUUGAAGAUCUCAAACUAUAUUUGAAUAGUUCCUAUAACACGAAUGACUUUUACAUAAAAGAUAUUUGUGGUAUCUUUAUAUAUGUCAUCGAUAAAUUAUCUCUACGAAGCCACAUUGAAUCUCUUCCUAAUAUUCUGAAUGAGAUCUGGGAAAAAAUGGGCGAGUCGGGCGAGGCUUUGCGAAAUUCAUUACUCUGGCUGAUCGAAACCAUGAAGAAUGCCUAUAACAAGGUAUCCGAGAUUACGGCCGCUGUGCUAAGAGGCGACUCGUUGUCACAGAUGGCGAAUAUAAUCGAGAAGCUAAUCGAGAAAUACGAUAUAUUCAUCAAAGAUCUACACGUGUCUUUCAUCAAAUACAUGGAGAAUCUCUGGGACACAAUUUUCUCGUCCAUCUCGGAACAGUGGUAUCAGUUCUUGAAACUAAUGGAACCUUUGUUCAUUCGCUUCGUUCAUUAUGUUGAGACGCUUGUCUGGAAGGCAAGCAAGGAGAUGCUGGAUUUCUUGUACGAUCGUAAAAAGGAAAUCAUUACGUCGCCGUAUUUCGACCGCUUCACAAACUUCACUCACGACAUCGACAAGGUCUAUCGCGAUAUCAAGGCGAACGAUAUAGUGACUAACGUGUACAAGUAUUCGGGUGUGGUAAUACAAUUCGUGAAGGAGCGUUAUUUCGCUUUUGUGCCGUUUGGCAAGGAGCUAAAGGACGUCGUGGAGGAGAUCGUGUUGGAAUUGAAGGAGCUUCGGAAGUUACCGUCAGUCAACUAUACCAUGGAGAAGCUUGAGCAACUCUAUGACAGAAUUAGCUACUUCUGCGAAUAUUUCGAGGUCAAGUACAAGAUAGAGAGUUUCAUCCGGUUGGUGCACAACAAGAUGAUGGAUAUUAGUCAGACGGCGCUGCAAGCUGAGAGUCGUUACAGAGAGGCCAAAACCAUGUUCAUCUUUGAUCCUAAUGAGGGUCUGAUGUGUCUAGAGCAGAAGUUACCCAUGUCUUGGCAUGCCUUUAAUCAGACGCCAGAGUUCCAUGAGAUACCGGAAAUCAAAGCCAUAUUGGACGUCAAAACGUACUUCGUCACCUCGAACACUACCUUCUGGAGUCUUUACUAUCAGUACAAACCGUAUUCGGAGCUACCAAACUGGUUACCGCCGUUCAAAGCGCAAGCCAUGAUUAUCGGCUCCCAAUACUACGUUACCUUUGAUGGACGUUAUUUUGAUUUUGCGGGAAAUUAUACUUAUUUGUUAGCGAAGGAUUUCGUACGCGACACUUUUGCAAUUCUCGUGAAAUAUGAUCGACAAUCCGAAGAAAUUACGCAUAAGAUUAUAGUACUGAUUGGAAGUAAUGCCAUCGAGUUGGAUCUCUUCAAUGAUACGAUGAAGCUUAUCUCCCAGAAAUCAGCAGAUAUCACGAGCAAUCUGCAAUUGCCAAUUGAAUUAGACAACGACACAUACGUCUAUCAAGUGGAGAACGUGGUGACGGUAGAACGCAAGCACAAUCAAUUCCGAUUGCAAUGUAAUCUCAAAUUCAACCUGUGCACCUUGGAAUUAUCAGGCUGGUAUUAUGGGAAGACAGCCGGUCUCCUCGGCACAAUGAACAACGAGCAGUUUGAUGAUAUUCUUGGUUCAAACAAGUUAUAUCUAAAGGACACUGGCAGCUUUGCCCAUAGUUGGUGCAUCGAGGAUUGCACCGACAUGGAGAAUCACGCCAGCAGAAUUCAGCAGGAAGACAUGACGUUACUUACGUUCUGCGAGGAGCUAUUCGUGAAUAAGAGCUCGGAGUUCGGUGCCUGUUUUGGCGUGGUCAGUCCAACCGAAUAUGCGGAUAUGUGUCUGAAUAGUCUUACCGAGGCCGAAGUGUGCACGGUGGCGAUGUCGUACAUGCAGAUGUGCAUGUUUGGUGACACUCAUCUGCGGAUACCUGACCGGUGCACCACGUGUACCAUGAUGGAUGACAGUCAAGUGGCCGAGGGUCGUUUCAAACGGCUGGAGGGCGACAAAGUGCCGCGAUCGGCCGACAUAGUGUUCAUCGUCGAGGCGAAAAAUUGCAAUUACGACAUGAAGCUGAACAGUAGCAUGGAAUUGCUGAUCACGCAGCUCAGUAAGGAAUUGAACGAUCAAGGUCUCACGGGCAAUCGAUGGUCCUUGGUGGUAUUCGGUGGCGACGGAGUGCAUGACAAACCCAGGAGUAUUAUCCUUGAUGGGCAGAUCUUCACAAAGAACGUGGCACAUUUUGUCGAUUAUUUCGAUUACGUGCCGAACGGCGACGGUAGUCAGGAUAUCUUCGCCGCGAUUGGUUUCGCCUCGCAGCUUGUCUUCAGGGCCGGCGUGUCAAAGACCUUCAUAUUGAUGCCGUGCUCGCAUUGCGAAUCGGAGAAUCAAACGCUGGAAUACUCCGUGUUACAUCAAAUAUUGUUGGAGCGUGACAUUACUCUGCACAUAUUAAUGGAUGGCGACUUCGAAUUUGAGAAGGAAAAGAUCAGCAAAAUUUUCUAUGGCUUAGACGCGGCCAAGUCGUAUACGAAAAAAGAUUCUCGAAUGCUUAUCGGCGACGUAGACCUGAGAAGGCAGGUCAAACUUUCCAAGACUAUUUUAGGCUACUGCAUACCGCUAUCCCUGGAGACUAACGGUACGAUAUUCAGCGGUGAAAAGCUACGUCUCGAGAAGGCGGCCUCGAUCAAAAAGUUCGCGAGCGUCUUCGCAAAGAGGAUUACUCUCACAGCCGAACCGAACAAAUGUCAGUUUUGCGAAUGCACCGCUAAUAAUAACGGCGUCACGAAGAUGGAAUGUACGCCGUGUGUAUACCCGACAGCUGUACACGUGGAUUACGUGAGUGAAACCUUUAAUCUCAACGAGUCUCUCUCGAUGAUGCCACCGUUGGACGAUAUAGAUUACGGCCAAAUAGAUAUAGAAGACGACUGAAACAUAAUUAAGGAAAUAUCACAACUAAAUAAUGUUAGAUAAUUCGCUGAUAUUUAUUUUUAGUCAUAUCUUAUUGAUAAUAAUACCUACCUCUCUUUCCAAUCUAAGAUUUGUCGUGCAAGAAAUUGGAGCAUUUAGCUCACAUUAAGAAUAUCCGAUAAAAGCGUAUAGAAAAUAUGAAUUUGCAUAGAUUUAUGUGGAUUAUUUUCAAAUGACGAUUGGAAGUCUGGUGCCAAAUAGAAUUCUACAACUCAUA